CGUUCGGCACUUCCAGCGUAGGCUGCGCCACGCACUUGCUGGCGGUCGGGAGUUCGGCCAAAUCCAUGGAGAUUCUUGAGGGAGGUUUCGAAAAUCGACCCUUGCUUCCUUGGACAAACGAAGCUUCAAUGCUUCCUCCCCGAGUCCCUGGGUGGCGCACCUGGAGCACUGAAGCGGGCAUGUUGUCAAUUGGCGAAACCAAUGUUCUUCUUCAGAAGGUUUGACCCUGAUCUUAGAAUGGGGAAACUCAAAAGGGAGAGGCUGGCACUAUUAAGUUUAGUUCACAUUUCGAUUGGCCCACUGAUUUCGGACAAUUUGUGAAGAAUUAUUGGGCUCCUGGCGCUCUUUAAUUAUAGCCUAAGCCAUUUAGUUGCUGUGAAGUUUGUUAUUUCUGACCGGAGCAUUCUGGGAGCCUCUCAUCUAGCAAAGUCCAGCCUCCCCAUUGAGAGCAAAGAUAUCAGAGAACCGCGAUGUCAAUCCUCAGCCAAAAUAUGCAAGCUUGCCAUUUUUUCGCCUUUCUCUUCCUAUUAACCUGACAAAACCCACCAAACCCAUCCUUGUGGUCCUGGGCGGGCUUGGUGGAAGGGGUUUGACCAGGGGCAAGUCCUGACUCCUGAGGGCCAAAGGUUGCAUUACCUCCGACUUUAGUGGAAUUGCCCCCAGUUACUAAAAUGCUUCCAUCCCGAAUAAUCCAAGCAGUUCCUCCUCUUUGAGGCCAAGCGAAGAGGCUAUUAGCCUCGUGGAGUCCACAUGGGGAAUGUGUCGAUUAUUUCGCACUACAUAGAGCAGGCGAUUUUUCCAGCUCCAUUUUUUGGAUUAGACAGUUCAUUAUGUGUGGUUCGCCCGCUAAUAAUCCUAAUUCUUGUGAUCAUCGACCCGAGAAAUCCUCCCCACUGAUCUUCUGAUCCGAUCUGCCCUUCAGGAGAAAUCUGAUCUUUUGAACUGAUGAGAUCAAUCGACCCUCCAAUGAAAUAGGAAAAUUCGAGCUUCACUGUCAAGUAUGGAUGCUCCAGGGCCGACCGCACUACGGGACCGUGGGCCUGAGUUAAUGGGAGUGUCAUGCUUUUUGACUGUCUUUGGAACUGUGUUUGUCCUUGCUCGAUUCUGGGCCCGAUAUGCCGCUACUAGACCUUUUGGAUGGGAUGACUUUCUCAUCUGUUUUGCAAUGCUAGCAGGUCUUGCGGGUCAAGGCUUAACGAUUGCCGGUGUUUUGUAUGGGAGUGGGAAGCCGUUCCUGACGCUCGACAUAGCCGACGUGGUUCAGUGCAUGAAAUAUUCGACCUUUGCGAUUUUUUGCAAUGGUGUUGCUAUGGCCCUCUUGAAAGUUGGAAUUGGCAGUUCACUGCUUCGGCUCAACUUGAGCAAGUUUUUCAAUUUUGGUAUUAUUGCGUGCAUUGUGAUCAGUCUAAUCGUAAACUUGACUGUUUUCCCUACCACUUUCGCAGGCUGCAAGCCUAUCGAAAAAGCGUGGAAUAAAGACCCAACGCUCCCGGGGACUUGCUGGCCUCGAAAGGUCUCGUUAGUCAUGUCAUACCUCCAGACCACUGGCAAUAUUGUCACGGACUUGGCCUUCUCGAUUGGGCCCCUCGUAUACCUUUCCAAAGUCAGGGUUUCCCGAUACAAUAAAUGGGCACUGCGGGGUGUUUUUAUGAUCGGUUUAACUGCCACUGCAUGUGCAAUCGCGAAAGCUACCGAGCUAUCCGCAAUUCUAAACACUCAAGAUCCGACAUAUGCGGCCGUGAAUUUGACACUCUGGGUGAAAGCCGAAUUCAAUGCUGGUCUCUUUGCUGCAUCACUACCACCUCUGAAAUCAACGUUUGAGAAAAUGCUGCGAAAGUUCGGUGUCAUGAGUGGUCUUUCGACACCAUCUAAUACCCAUACGUAUGGCGGGGGAUACUCUGGAAGAAAGCGUUACGGGGAGCAAAGCUCUCGCAGCAAACGGCAGGCUUCAAUGGGUUAUGAUCUUGGCGACGACGACGACGACGUUCAUCGAACCACAUAUGUCAUGAAAGAUGUGAGCCGAUCAUCACCAACCAAUGGCGGAAGCAUGGAUGAGGAGCAAAGACAGAUCUUGCGGCCGGGUGGAAGUGGGGGGUACAUAACAAGAACGACUGAAUACUCAGUGAGCCGCGCGACUUUGGCUUCGCAUAAUGGCGCGUAAGAAGAUCUAAGAAAUCGGAGAUUUGUGUGCCUGAUUCCAGUUAGUUGAACAAAAAGGUAAUAGUAUAUUAUUAUUAUUAUUAUUAUUAUUAUUAUUAUUAUUAUUAUUAUUAUUAUUAUGAAUCAUGGAUAAGUUACACACCUAGUCC